CAAUCCAUGAAAGCCUGGCCUUAAACCCCGGCCAUGCCUGAAUGAGAAAGCAUAAAACCCUACCACCAACGAACAGGACAACACCACCCCACUUCGCUUGCUCUGCAACUUCUCGAGGACGAGGGAGCUUAUGUUGAGAUUCGUUAUUUCUCGCUCAUUGCGGAACCUCUAUGCAUCAGACUAUUCAUGAGCUCACUCGCAGUAAACAAGGUUUUAGACGUUGCAGUUCCAUUGCACGCCAUUCAUAUCUAGAAAUCACAAAUGAAGAGAGGACAUGUUCUCCUGACACUGGUCAUCGACGUAUAAAGGAUUACAGGGGCCAGGUUAUAUUGGAACCAGUUAGCAGGCAGCUCCCUCCCCAAGAUCAGCUUCUCACCCUUCCCUCUAGAAGAGAUUUGAGCAACAUUGGGCGUUCUCUGAAAUUUGAAUCAGGCGAGUCCAAUUCUAUAUCCCAACAAGAAUGCUUUAAGCACCGUUUCAAGAGUUGGCAAGAGGAGAGAAGGUAUAAGCUGACAGCGAGCACCUUUGCUGGAGCUGUUGGCUUUUGGCCUCGUAGAAGAGUUCAACUCUGGCUAGAAAAGAUUGGGGCGAGGGAGCCCUUUUCAGGUAACCUUGCAACCUGUUGGAACAAUAUAAAGGAAGAAGAAGCAGCUGAAUGGUACAAGGAGAUGACUGGGAACUUUGUCCUGUUUCCUAAAUUUCAGAUAUAUAGAGAGAAUUACCCAGAAGACGACUGGCUUGCAGCUUCACCAGAUGGAGUAGUUGACUCCCUGAUUUAUGGGUUACCUUCUAGAGGAGUGCUAGAGAUCAAGUGCCCAUUCUUUCAAGGUGAUAUGAGCCGAGCUUCGCCUUAUAGGCGGAUUCCCCUGUACUAUAUUCCUCAAGCACAAGGUUUGAUGGAAAUCCUAGAUAGAGAUUGGAUGGAUUUUUAUGUUUGGACUCCCAAAGGCAGCAGUCUAUUCAGGAUACUCCGUGACCGGGAAUAUUGGGAUGCUCUGAAGUUAGCUCUCUCUGAUUUCUGGUGGAAGCAUGUGGAGCCUGCGAGACAGAUUUACAGUCAACAUGUGAUAACUAAUCCCCUCACUCAGUUAAGCUCGCUCCGACCAAAGCCCAGGCAUGAACUCUGUAGUUAUAUAGUUUGGGCAAGCAAAUGCAUUGUAGAUAAUUCCCAACUUUUGGUGCGAGAGAUUGGCGGGAAACUGCAAAAUUGACCCAUUUGGAUGUACCUCGGUCAAAGUUAAGCAUUUCUGUUUCUAGAUAAAGAGUCCAGUUGCCAUACUGGUCGAAACUAUGUUGCUUUGUCAAAAUAGACCUAAAAGUGCUACUGCCGGAUACUGCUAACUCAGACGACUUGCUUGAGUUCUGAAUGAAGAUAUUGAAACAUCAUAAGACGGCUGGAAGUGGAGUGACUUCUAGGGAGAAGUAAUAUCAUUGCGUAGAAGAUGAAAGGGAACUCCAUUCACUUCACGCGUCUAAAACUUACUGAAAAGGGUUGCAGGUCCAUGUUAGAAAAGUGUUCUCUCUUCAAGAAUCAUGGGAAACUUAAUGUAAAGAACAAUCAGUUUGAUUUUGUUGCUGGUGCUGCAAUUGCACGGGUAUACUCCCUAAUUCUUCUGGUCUUAGAUGAUCUUUAAUCUCACGACAUUCUAGUUUGGAAGUAGGAAGGCCUUAUUUCAUUCGUACAAGGGAUUCUAUUUUUUAACUUGAAAAUGUACAUGAAGUUUGUUAUGCAUGCAUCUCACUCUUCUUUUUCCUGAA